AUGGUCGGCCAGCUGAGAUGGCAGCGUGAGAGGGGGUAGAAGCGCUGAGCGGCUUGUUCCUGAUGUAAACAGGGUAAUUUAGUUUUUCCACAAUGUUUUGUUAUGAUGACUUGGAGGCCUAUGAAGAUGAGCUGUAUCAUGAGGAAUCUUCCAGUGAGACAGAAGUUGAUAGUGAAGUGGAAUUCCAGUUAUACAGUCAAGUACACUAUGGAAACAAUAAUACUGAAAUGAAGAUGGAUGGAAAAAGGGAUACAGCUGCUGUACAUCUAGAUACCACUUCAGUAAAAGAUAAUGAAAAGCAGGCAGCGAGAACCAAAAAGCUAAAUGUUUCCUCUGAUAGUGAUGUCAUAGUCAUUUCAGGUGGCUCUGAUGUCAUUAUUUUGUCAGACUCUGAAGGCGAUGAUAGUGUUUAUACUCAUAAGGCUGCUAAACCUUCAGAAUGUUACCCUAAGCAAAGAAAAGAUCAAUCCGUAGGAGAGCCUGCACCAGGAUCAGACACUGGUACAAAUCAUUCAACACCAGGUGUGAAUAGACUGGCUGAAGUACAGAAGUUGUAUCAGUGGAUGGGCAGAACAUGUCCACAGAUUCAAGAGAGAACACCGAUGAAAGAGAGUGAUGAUGAUGAGAUAGAGAAUCAGAUGGAAGAUGAUGACAAUAUCCAGCUCAAUAUUGUUGAUUGUGACGCACUGAGGAACAAAGGAGGUAACCUGCAUUCUCAUUGGUUCAUCUGUGAAAAGGAUCUACAGAAGCCAUCUGUGGAUUACCGCAAUCGUUACUAUACACCAAGUUUCAAAAAUUUGGACUGCAGGAACUGUGGCAAAAAGGGGCAUCUAUCCAAACACUGCCCAUCUCCUAAGAAAUUUCCUCCUUGCUCUUUGUGUGGAGUUAGAGGUCAUCUUAAGAGAUGUUGCCCAGAGAGAUAUUGUACAAACUGCAACAUGCCUGGCCACUGGUUUAAGGACUGCAUUGAAAGGGCAUGCUGGAAAAAAAAGUGUCAUCGUUGUAACAUGACUGGCCACUAUGCUGAUGCUUGUCCUGAAAUAUGGAGGCAGUACCACUUAACGACCAGCCAAGGACCAAUAGUAAGUGGAUCUAUCCAGCCUGCUUCGAAGAAAUCUGUGUAUUGCUACAAUUGUGCAAAAAGAGGACAUUAUGGUCAUGAAUGUUCAAGCAAAUGGAUGAAUAAGCACAUCUUUCCUGCAUCACCACUUGUAUACUACUAUGAUACUGAGAAGGACAUAAAAAAUAGAGAACGGAGGAUACAGAGGAAAGUUGAAGAACUUCAAGAUGCCGGGCUUCUUGAAACCAGCUUUCCUGCUAAGAGAUGGUGCAAGGGGUCUGCAAGCGAAGAUUUACUUUCCAAGAAAUCAAAGAAAAAACUGAAGAGAGAGUUGUUGAAGAAAAGAUAUGUGGAACAAGAGCAAGGAGAGUUCACCAGAAACAGUUCAAUGACAAAACGCAAAACAAAACUUCACCAUCAUUUCUCCCCUAUUCCAAAAAGGUUCAAUGAAGGUGCUGAGGAAGAUUUUCCAAGGGGAUUUGCAGCAAAAUCAGGAGCAACUAAGACUGCUCACCCCAGAAAUCACCAAAGCCUUCUGCUUGUGCACAGUAAUCCCCCACAGUCUGAUGGACAACUGAAUCAAAUGAGCAAUAAGAGGAACAAGAUAAGGAGAAAGAAAAAACAUAUGACUGCUAGUAUAAAGCAGAUAAAGAAAGGGAGGAAAAAGGCUAAGAAAACAAAAGUAUCUAUCAUAGAAGGUACAACAUCCCCCAUCCCAAAUAAUGCUUUACUAAUAAAACAGAAAAAAAAGCGCAAGAAGCACUCUAAAAUUAAACUGCAGGAAGCUGUAGACUAGUCAAAAUAGUAAAUAGUUUAAUUUGUUUCUUGGACUGGAGAUACCACAUGGCAACAAUUAAAUAAUGUAAACAUCAUUGGUACUAAUUUAAUGUGACAUGGCAUUCAUAGAAUCAUACCCACAGAAUUCUGUGUGUCACCAAGCCACUAGGUGAUACUGAGCAAAAACUAGGUUUAUACAAAUGUGAGGAUGAAUAAAUUGACAAUGGUUCACCAUGGACUGCUUUUGCAUGUUCUGGAAAGAAAGAGGCACCAAAACCAGAAUGCAGGCAAUCCACAUAGUCUCUAAACAAAGGCCCAAAAUUAUUGUACAGGAAAGGAGCAACUUGCUAUUUUUCAACUAGAUUAAUAGUUUCAUUUAAUAAAGAUUUGAUAAAUUUUAACCACAAUUACAUGCUGUGAAGUUAUAUAUUGUUCUUUAAGUUAUAACCUGCAAAAUGACUUAUUGCUUGUGCUGUCACCUUACAAGUUAUUAAAUAUUUCAGCAUUCCUUGUGUAAUAAAUUUCUUCAUGUGGAA